AUGUUCAAGACCAACAAGCCUAAAAGGCACAGCUCUGUCGGCAGUCUCUCCGCGCCUAACCCUGCUCUGUGUGUGGUCCGCAGCGGUCCUGCACAAGGCUGGUGGGAGGCUCAAGGACCAAGCCCCAGGAGCGGCAUCCUUGUCGCUGCCGUAGGGACGCGGGCUGACCGCUGGGUGUCUCUGCUGUGCGAACAGCUGGGCCGAGGGAGCCCGCGCCGGGGGUGGAACCUGUGCGGAGCAGCCUCCGUGCCUAGCGAGACGUUUUCUUACAAGAGUUUAGCCCGGAAACCGGUGCCCGGAGCUGUGCCAGUGACCCCGUGCAAAGUCGCGCCCCAGGCCGGGCGCCUGCGGUCCCCUCCGCGGGCCAGCGUCUACCUGAUUAUAGGGUUGCAGAAUGAACUGACCAGAUGUGGAAUCUUGAAGAACAUGAGUGACCAUGAAGGGUUUUGGAAGCUGGUUCAAGAGGAAGGUCACGGAACAGAAAUCAAAGAAAAGCUCCAAAAUAUAAAAUUUAAAAUGUUGAAUCCCAGGCCUCAGGAUGCUCCUAGGAGAAGGGAAGCCAGGCCACUGGUGGACGCUGAUCGCCAGGACAGGCUUUGCCGGUGGAGACAGGGCCUUCUUUCUCAAGUGACGGAAUGGAGGAAAAGGUGUCAACAGCGAGAAGAUGCAGGAAGACCGGGAAGACGAGCCCCUGGACAGGGCAAGAUCCCUUGUAAAACAGGUGAGAAGGAUUCCCGAAGUAAGAUCUAUCUUCGUCGCUUGUAUCAGAUGUAUUCAACCUCUCUUGCAAACAUGGAAUUCUCCAGAAGACUGAUGGAGAGAGACGGCCGCUUUGCAGAUGAGCACACUGAGCGCAGAGCUGGAGGUCUGCUGGAUUUCAUGGUCCCGAAUGAAGACACCGGGCAGGAAGAAGUCCAGCCCAGGGAAAUGGGGACAGAGGACCCACCACCCAUCGGGCGGCAGCCUGGAGCACGGCCUGCCCUUCGCUUCCUGAAGUGCCAGAGCCCAGCGAGUGCACAGAGAGCGCCCCACCAGAAAACAGGAGGUCGCCAGGUGGCCCUGGGUGGCAUGUGA